AUGGUGGGCUACGUGAGGGCAGCCGAACACGAGCGGCCAACAGAAGAGGCUAUAGCGGCUGCAAAAGAGGUAAAGAUGCCCCUUGAGAAGGCGCCGUUGCACUGCGGUGCAUCUACACAUCCUCGAGAUGCCCAGAAGUUUGAAACUGUCCAAGCCCUUUCGGCUCCCCGCAGACGGUUGCUGCGACUGCUGCAGAAGCAACUGCUGUUGCAACUAGCUGCAAACAAACAAGGGGCGGACAUAGACCCCAGGCGCCGACCUCCCCACGCUGCCACUCCUGAGAGUAUCCUCGCUCGUUGGAUCGCUGCUGACCCGAAGCGGCUGGUGGGCGGAGUGUUGGCAUUGGGGUUGCAUAGCCCCCUUGCUCUAGCGAGCAGAACCCCCAGCACUUCACAGCAGCCUGACUCCGGCCCCACGGGACAGAAAGCAAAGGUCACAAAGUGUCCCACUUCUUCUGCCGCAGGUGCUGAUUCGGACGUUGGUGCAGCUCCCUUUCCAGGUGCAAAGGGGGACGAACCCCAAAGUGCUGCCACGGCAACAGCUGGAGUAGUAGCAGCAGGUGCUGCCGAUCCAAUCGAAACAUACACAACCUGCAGCACCACUGCCAGCACAAUCGAUAACAGCAACGGCAAGAACAGCAGCAGCAACAACAACAGCUACAGCAACUACAACAGCUACAGCAACUACAACAACAACGAGGACAACAAGAACAGCGCCCUGUUUAGGCAGUUUGGGGGAGUGCCUGUGAGUGCCCCCAAGCGGAGUGAUGAGGAGACGGCGGUUCGCGCGAAGAAGCAUCAAAACCCCCAAGCAGUGGGCAGCAGGGAGGGUUCUUUGGCGCUGCGUGCGUCUUGCGUCUUGUGUCUGUCAGCUUUCUCUCCCGUGGGUGGCAGCUUUUUGUGUUGCACUUGCCUUCACACGCUCAAGAAAAAGCCCGAGAAACAGCCCUGGGCUGCGGAGGCCAACGGCGGGAGCACGGCUAAACGCAGCCUCUCCUCACUGUAUAAAAAUUCCCUCAAGAGAAGGGUUGGGCUUCCAACUAUUGUGGAUUCGUGCAGCACCCAACGACUCAGACAGAACAAGCAAGAAGCGUGCUUACACCCUCGCACACAAACGAUCGUGCGGCAUCCCAGACGCCGUUUUAAGCGGUCGGUAUGUGCUGCCUCUGCUGCGAGGGAGCAGCCCCGAGAGGAGGUGCAGCAACAGGGAGGGCAGCAGCAGCAGCAAAAGGACGGUUGUUGCGAAGGUUCUGCUGGUGGGUACAGCGAGGCGAAGGAAUGCAUUGGAUGGCGGGCGCGUGCAGCUGCUGCAGCAGCAGCAGAUGCGGACGACGACAGCAGCUGGCCUUGGCCACCCCCCCCGACAAAAAGACGCCGCCUUCUUUCCCGCAGGCAGAGAGGUCUUGAUUGUUUUGCUUCCCCUGCAGUAGCUUCCCAAUGCCCGCCAUGGGGCAGUGGACUUACCCAGCAGGAAGGACAGUGGCAGCAAAGGAGGUCCACUGACAAUGCAGCAAGAGUAGGCACAGGAGCAACAAACAAAGAUAUGUCUCACCUGGUCCACAUGCCAGUAGCAAGAGCGGUAGACGCUGGUGCUGAUGAGGGAUCACAGGCGACGGGCGUGUUGGGAAAGGAGUCAGCGAGAGACACCAGUGCUAUGGAGCGUGCGGCUGUUUCUUCCUGUUCGCCGUAUUACUGUUCCCCGUCCUGGAUCACCGCCGACAAUGAAGGAGCAGGAGCCGAAUCUACACAAGGCGACGUGACAGGACUCUAUUGCUGCUCCCCUGCCGCCUCCCCCGCAAGCGGGGCCGAAGAGGUGCUGCUUUGCAGACAAAGGGGAAGGCAAAGCGAACCAUAUGGAAAAACCACCGAGGGAACUCCUGGUGUAGGAGCUGCUACCGCAGCUGCUGUUUGUGCUGCAGCGGCUGUACGGGACAUGGCGGCAGCAGCUGCUGCAGCCACUUUGACGGGGCAACAAGAGCACGAACAGCAAACACCACCGUCGAGGUUUCGGCGAAUGUCCUGGAGCGCAGAAGCCAGUCUUAGUGGUGCAACAGCCGCCGUAGCAACAUCAACGGCGACUGCAGCAGCUCGAGCAACAGUCACAUCAGCGGCAGUAGCAGCAGAAGGAACAGCAUCUAGCGGGCAGUCGAGCUGCUGCCAGUACAGCAUGAGCAAGUCAACACCAGCGGCAGCGUCUCCCGCAGGACAACAUAGCUCAGCUGGAAGGCCCAUUCUAAAGGCAGCAGCGGGCAAUACAGGAGCUACAGCACUCGGCGCGGCAGCAGCACCAGGAAGGUCAGCGGCACGGGCCUCCGACUCUUGCGUACCGACGCUCGGCGAUUCGGUUCCUUGCUGCCCUGUACCAUUUGAGAAGGCAGCUGUUUCGUGUGCGUCGCAUGCGGGAGCAGAGAAAGGUUCACAGGAGGGUGCAGACGGCAAAGAUUUAAAGAAUUCCACAGAUGCGGGCUUGGACACGGGUGUAGACAGGAAGGGCGUUCAGGGGAAGGUUGUCAGUAAGGACCUCAGUGCUACGGGCCUAUGCAGGGGUUCCGCAAAAGAUUUGGACGGAGGAGGAGGAGGUUCGGGUGCCGGGGGUUGCGUGCGUUACGGUUCUUUGGCGCGUAUAGCACAGGGGUUGUUGGUGGGAAGCUCAUCAUUGG